AUGGGGUUUUUGCGAAAUCCGCUCCUGGGCAUGGGCCUAGCCCUCAGCAUUGCGUGCGCAAGCCACGCUGAUGCUCUGGUGCCGAAGAGAGACACGAAUAACACUUCUGGCCAGAAUCUCCUCACGAGUGAGUUUGCCGAUUUCGUCAAGGAUAAUAUGGACUUUUGGAAGAUUCCCGGCAUGGCCGUUGCCGUCGUUGACAAGGAUGAUGUAUUCACCCAGGGGUACGGCUUCUCGGCAUUGCCAGACAAGAAAGUUACUCCAGACACGCUGUUUUACGCAGGGUCGACCACCAAGGCCCAGACAGCUGCCUGUCUGUCUAUGCUUAUCAAAAAUGGGUCGUACGAUGCGCUGGCUGACGGAUGGUCUACCAAUAUCUCGUCGAUUUUGAAGGACGACUUCGUUCUUCAGGAUGAAUGGGCAACGGACCACAUCACUCUCGACGAUGCCGUCAGCCACCGCAGCGGACUGCCGCGCCAUGACCGUUCUCUGAUGCGCGAAAAGAACGGAGUGCCUCUCACCACGGCGGAAAUCGUUCGCAAUAUGAGGAACUUGCCUUAUAUUCACGAACCACGAGCCGGGUUCUAUUACAACAAUUACAUGUACAUCACUCUGUCGUAUGUCAUCGAGACGGUGACCAAGAAAGGCCUGAAGCAGGUCAUGAAGGAAAUGAUCUGGAACCCGCUCGGAAUGAACUCCACGUACUUUGGAUUGGAGGACGCCAAAAAGUCGCCCAGGGAUCUUGCCAAGGGAUACCUUUGGAUCAACCAGACUGCGCAAAUCGACGGCACUAGGCAAGCCAAUCAGACUGGGUACUUCAAAGAGGCUACUUAUAUGCCCCUGACCGACAUGAGCGGAGCGGCUGCCGUCAUCUCAAACGUGAGAGACUAUGCGCAGUGGAUUAGAGGUCUUUUGAACCAAACUCAGGCUUUCCCCAACAACGUGUUGGAGGAUAUUCGCACCCCAAGGUUUAUAUCGUGGUCAACUGCCGAGUUUGGCACUGAUAUGUAUCUAUAUGGUCUGGGCUGGAAACGGUCUCUAGCAAAAGGACACGUGUUUUACCAACACGACGGCAGCAUGCUCGGUUUCAAGUCAAUAGUCUACUGGUUUCCCAACGAUAAUUUUGGCUUCGUCAUAUUUGCAAACUCAGACCGGGCAGAGACGGCCAAUAACGUCAUUGCCCGAAAGCUCAUGUCUACGAAAUUAAAUAUUCCAGAGAAGGAUAUACUCAAUGUCACUAAGAGUCGUUCUGGCACAAAGACGUCCGAGCAACUGUUUGAAGAUGCGGUGAAGAAGUUCUACCCCAACCACACAAUCUCUGAUCCGUCCUUCUCCUUCAAAGAUAUGGAGGGCACGUACGUCGACGCGGGAUACGGCACCAUGACGCUUCGCUCUGGCCAAGGCCCAAAGAACGAGACAGUUCUCAUUGCCGAACGCCCGGAUAUGUCGUGGGACUAUGCGUUUACAUUUAGGCACAUUUUCGGGGAUAAUUGGAUUGUGGGAGUAGCGUGGAGGGACGACAUAACUGAUCUUGCUCGCUUCGGUCCCGCCGAAUUCGAAAAGGGAACUGAUGGAAAGCCGGCGGCCUUGAAGAUGACAUCGAUGGAGGAUCCUUCCACCCCGGAAGGCACCAUUACUUUCAAGAGGACAGGAUAG